UCGGACGACUGGCAACAGCUGUAAAACUCGGCAAUACAAAAUACGCGCAAACAAUUUUAAUUAAUUUUAUAAAUCAUUUUAAAAACAAUAAUAUUGCGUACAAAUAGAUCCAUACAACUUGUUCAUGGCUUUAAAUACAUUCUCUAACAGAAGAAGCAAUGUACAAUGCCAAAUAAUGCAUCAUGUUGGGGCAGCCUGAGGCAUCUGUCGUCAAAACGUCAAAAAGGACAUCAUUCACUUAGGAAACAACUACGGGUCAAACAAACUGACUCUUGGGCCUCACAUCGCAUUACAUUAUCAGAUAUUUCCUGUCAGAAGGAAGGCAACGUAUAUUUUAAAAGUCGAAGUAUGAGUGGCCGCGGCCGCAAUGCCCGCCGUUCGGCGGAAAAGGCAAAGAAGGAAUUUAUUGGCUUUGAUGAUCCACUCGGCAUUGACAUGAACAUUUCCGUGAAGGAUGAAGUAAUAUGUCCUGAUAUGUUGCCAACGCAAGACGACGAUAUAUUCGGAAUGGUUGACAGUCAAGAUUUGGUUGAUGAACAGCAAAAAAUGCAGCGUUUGUAUCCCAUGGACAUGGGUCCAAAUGAACAUCACAAUUUCAACGACCGUUUGAGCAGCCUCGAGCGCAAAGUGGAUUUCCUGCUUAAUAUAAAUACGAAAAUAUUAGCACGAGUUGAUAAAAUAUGUGAAAACAUGAAGUCGGUGACAAAGCCAAACGAUUUUCCCGUAAAGCAUAAGGAAGCAUUGGAAGCAAUUGAUCUGAAAAUAGCGAAUGAUAUGGAGAAAUAUACAGAGCUAUUUAAAAAUCUGCUAAGUCCAAGUGGAAUCGUUAAAAAUAUUGGUCGCAUCAUUGAUCAGAAGCUGUUGAUGGAGAUGAACUAUGGAGGGCACAGUUCGAAAGCUGGUUUAAGCAGUUAUAUUAACCUGAACACAGCGUUAUAUGAGUCUCAGAGAACAGAAGGCUAUACGUUUGAUGAUUACAGAAAGGAUGCUCGCAUGGCUUUUCAGAAAGCCAAAAAUCGUGUCUAUAAGGCCGUAUCUGAGGCGAGAAAGCUAAAAAGAUUAAAUGGCGAAAUCGCCGAGAGCAAUAAUCAAAAUAAUGACACGAAUGAAUGUAAAGAAAAAUUGGAAUGAGCAACAGGCAUCUGUAUAUUAGUAAUCACAACACGUAUGUAAGUGUUUAGUUUUAAUUAUUUUUAUUAAAACGGAGGCACAUUAUUUCCAUUUCGUAUGUAUAUACAUUUGAUAUAUGUAUGCAUACGUUUUGUCCAUAAUGAAUUUAAGAUCAUAGAAACAUGAUGUACAUUUAGCUUUUACUGCUUUCUCUCAGUGUUUAUGUUAACUAACAGUCAUAUGAAUCGAUAACUAUCGUUUAUCGAAACUCCGCUGCUAAAUAAAGCGCUAAAUUUAAAUCGUCUUGUGUAAUCAAACACAGUGCUCAAUUUAAUGAAGGCUAAAAGUGUCAAUAGCCGCAGCUUAAGUAAUAUCUUAAACAAAUUGCUUCAUUCUAAAGGGCAAUCCGUAUACAACAACAAGUUUGCAUCCCUCUGAAAUGCCUGUCAAUGUGUCAAAUAUCAACAUUCUUCGCCCACACAGCGUCAAGGUACUUGAAAUUUUGACUUUUCAGCUCUUUUGCAGCACGUUCAAAGCAUUUCUCCGUACGUAACGUCACUUGGCUGUCGACGUUGCCUUCCUUGAGCUUGCUGCUAAUAUUUUAUUAAGUGCUUCAAAUUAUUAAGUGCUUCA